AUGUCCGACUCACCAGACGGUCCCUCCAUAAGGGAAGAAGGGCGCUCGCAAUGUUCUCAGGACGAAGAAAACUCGCUGCCGUCCCAUACAUGUACCGUAUUUUACCUUCCGGAGAUCCUGGAGAUGAUCCUGCUAGACCUGGAUAUGCUCACAUUGCUGAUUUCACGUCGCGUCUGCCACACGUGGAACGAAAUGAUCAAGUCCUCGCGCAGAAUUCAACAGGCGUUAUUCUAUAUCCCAAUCGAGAGCAAGCCACCAGACCAGCAAGCUAUGAAGAACCCGCUCGUGGUUGACAAAAUAUGGUUCGACUUUCUCAGAACAGAACUUGUCUCGCGGUUCAGAGUCUUCGUUCCUCUCGGCGGGGGAUAUCGCCGGAUUCCCCGCAUCGCGUCCGAAAAAAGGGAGAAGGCGUAUAUGCGUCCCGAGGCGAGUUGGAGAGGGAUGCUUCUCCAACAGCCUCCAACGGAUGUUGUUCGUUUCUGGAACCCUAAAAGCCCCAACAUUCCCAUUGGGUGGUUUGCUGAUAUGGCCGACACCCACGCCAAAUGGAUGCCAAAUAAAGAUCACAUUCGUAUGGAGAACGUGGCAUAUUGGAUAGACACUGGGGCGUUUUCACCGGGACCUCUCCCAUUUCUAUGCUGGGAUGAUCCAAGUAUCAUGAGGAAAGCUGGAGGCCGCCGAAGAUUGGCUCGAAAUUCCAUUCUUUCUGAACACCUACUCCGGUUUGAUCUCACUAUCAACACCGAAUCUUACGGAUCAGGAGUAUGGUGGGGCCCUGCAAAUACUCCAGUAAAGCCUUCGACAUUGAAAAUCUGGAGUCACAAAGAAGAGGUCCAACUGCUUCAAGGAGAGCCAGCGUAA